UUCUCCCAGCGCCCCUUUCCAGCUCGGCGGUUCCUCCACCCAAGCCCCAUCCGAGUCUCCUCCCUGCUAUCCCGGGUGUCUUCCCGGGCAGGGCUGAGCUCCGGAGACGCGAAAAGAAGCGGGUCCCCGCCGUCACCCUCCUCCCGCAGCCCCUCUGGGUCUUUGAGACCCAGACGCGAUUCAGAGUCUGGGCGCUGCAGCACGUAGUCCAGCCCCGCGGGAGCGGUUUCAGCACCGCGGACAGCGCAUCGCCCCGGGCCCGCUCUUCGUCCGUCUGCUCCGUGGCCGCCCUGGCGAGCGAUGCCCGCGGCAUGGCCCGGACACCCGGAUCCGCGGCGCUGCUCCUCUGUGUCCGACUCCUGGAGCUGUGCUCAGGCAUCUGGGCCACAGACACAGAAGAGCGGCUGGUGGAACAUCUCCUUGACCCUUCACGCUACAACAAACUCAUCCGCCCAGCCACCAAUGGCUCAGACCUGGUCACUGUGCAGCUCAUGGUCUCACUGGCCCAACUCAUCAGUGUACACGAACGGGAACAGAUCAUGACCACCAAUGUCUGGCUGACUCAGGAGUGGGAGGACUACCGCCUCACCUGGAAGCCUGAGGAGUUUGAUAACAUGAAGAAAGUCCGGCUUCCUUCCAAACACAUCUGGCUCCCGGACGUGGUCCUGUACAACAAUGCCGACGGCAUGUACGAGGUGUCCUUCUACUCCAACGCUGUGGUCUCCUACGAUGGCAGCAUCUUCUGGCUGCCGCCAGCCAUCUACAAGAGCGCUUGCAAGAUUGAAGUCAAGCACUUCCCAUUCGACCAGCAGAACUGCACCAUGAAGUUCCGUUCGUGGACCUAUGACCGCACCGAGAUCGACCUGGUGCUCAAAAGCGACGUGGCCAGCCUGGACGACUUCACCCCAAGCGGCGAGUGGGACAUCGUGGCGCUGCCGGGCCGGCGCAACGAGAACCCAGCCGACAACACCUACGUGGACAUUACCUACGACUUCAUCAUCCGCCGCAAGCCACUCUUCUACACCAUCAACCUCAUCAUCCCCUGCGUGCUCAUCACCUCCCUGGCCAUCCUGGUUUUCUACCUGCCCUCCGACUGUGGCGAGAAGAUGACACUGUGCAUCUCGGUGCUGCUGGCACUCACGGUCUUCCUGUUGCUCAUCUCCAAGAUCGUGCCACCCACCUCUCUGGAUGUGCCGCUUGUCGGCAAGUACCUAAUGUUCACCAUGGUGCUGGUCACCUUCUCCAUCGUCACCAGCGUGUGCGUGCUCAACGUACACCACCGCUCACCCAGCACACACACCAUGGCACCCUGGGUCCGGGUGGUCUUCCUGGAGAAGCUGCCCACACUGCUGUUCAUGCAGCAACCACGCCAGCACUGUGCCCGCCAGCGCCUGCGCCAGCGACGGCGCCAACGAGAGCACAAGGAUGCGGGCAGCCUCUUCUUCCGUGAUGCUCCAGGCACAGAUUCAUGCACAUGCUUCAUCAACCAUGCGGUGUCUGUGCAGGGCCUGGCCGGGCCCUUGGGGGCAGAGGCUGCGACCGGGGCCAGCAGGGCACGCACCAGGGCUACAUGUGCCUGCGGCCUGCGGGAAGCAGUGGACGGUGUCCGUUUUAUUGCUGACCACAUGAGGAGCGAGGACGAGGACCAGAGCGUGAGUGAGGACUGGAAGUACGUCGCCAUGGUGAUUGACCGACUGUUCCUCUGGAUCUUUGUGUUCGUCUGCGUCUUUGGCACAGCAGGCAUGUUCCUGCAGCCUCUCUUCCAGAACUACACCGCCGCCACCUUCCUCCAUGCAGCCCCCAGCUCCAAGUGACCCUGGAUCCAGGCACCCUCCCUCUUUUGCCCUCUGCUCACAUAGGUCCUUUGGAGCACUCCUCUCCCCCCCUCAACACCCACCGGAGGCUGCAGGACCAACCAGCAUCUGUUCUCCAGCUUUGGCCUAACCCAAGGAUCAUGUUGAGGGUCAAGGAGGAAGGGGAAGUAGGGGGCAGAGACACUAGCCUUUGGCUGUGAGCAUAGGGGAUAAGGAAAGGGUGAAGGGGUGAUGAGCCAGAACACCCCCACUUGUGGGGGAGGGUUGUGUGGGAGCAGAGGAGACAUGGCACCCCUCUCAGGGUGGGCUUGACAUCAAUAGUUGGAGAUAAAAGAGGGAUGGGGUAUCCAUAGUAGACCAGGUCACCCCAGAUCACCCCACAGUGAACCCAGAUUAUCCUAUAAUGAAGCCAAGUCACUCCCCAGGCACUCACACCACAAUGGACCCAGGUCACUCUGAAGUAGAUAUAGGUCACCCCUGUGGAUCAGGUCACAUUCCAGGUUACCCCACAGUGAACCCAGGUCACCACAGAAGGGGCUUAGGCCAUCUCCCCAGGUCAACCUGCAAUGGAUCCAGGUCAUCCUGAAAUGGACACAGGUCACCCCGCAGUGGAUCAGGCCACUUUACAGUGAACCCAGGUUACCCUGAAGUGGACAUAGGUCACUC